CUCAUCAAAGAAGAAGAAUUGAGACGCACCCAAGGACUCGUCUCAAGCUUUCAAGACGGGCAAGUUCUUCAGUGGGUAACGCCCAACUUCUACGUAACGAAGGAGGGAGUUGAGUUUUAUUUCAAGAUGGCGACGACCAUAGACACCUGCAAUGCCAUACAGGCGACAAAGAAAAAACAUCUCGGAAUCCCCGAAGCAAUAUUUGUGGAGGAUGUCGAGUCGUUUAUGACGCAACCAGGGAACGACACUGCAGACGCCGUCCUGAGAAAACUGGAUGAGCAAUACCAGAAAUAUAAAUACAUGGAGCUCAACCUGGCUCAGAAGAAACAAAGGUUGAAAAGCCAGAUCCCACAGAUCAAGCAGACUUUAGAAAUCCUACUACACAUGCAGAAGAAGAAGGAAACCACAGACCCUAUGGAGACACACUUCCUAUUGGCUGACAACGUUUACUGCAAGGCGUCAGUCCCACCCACCGACAAAGUCUGCCUGUGGCUAGGCGCCAAAGUGAUGUUGGAGUACGACAUCGACGAGGCCCAGACUCUGCUCGAGAAGAAUCUGGCAACCGCAUCACGCAACCUGGACUCCCUGGAAGAAGACCUGGACUUCCUCCGAGACCAGUUUACCACCACUGAAGUCAACAUGGCACGAGUCUAUAACUGGGACGUGAAGAGAAGGAGCAAGGACAACCUCCUCAAAUCGGUUGAGAAGUCUUAAGAAAGAGGCCCCCCCAUAACAACUAUCUUCUCCCCAUAGAAACCCGCCCCGGCAACCCGCCCCAACUCCAUGUCUAUGUUCACAUCUCUAGUCUCUACAGUACAAGGUUGCAUCCCAAAUGACAUUCUAUUCCCUAUAUAGUGCACUACUUUUGACAUCAAAAGUAGGGCACUGUAUAGGGGAUAUGAUGCCAUUUGGGACUCAGCCCAAGCUUUAUUCUAUUGAUUUGUUACUUUUAAAAAUUAUUUUUUCAAGUAAAGAAAGACAAAACAAAAGUUACCACGGCAGUUUUUUUGUAUCAUUUUAUUACGAUUAUUAAGCCCUCAUAUUUUUUGACCGCCUGCGACUCUAGGUUUUCACUGUCCUCCACUUUCUCCUCCUCUCACUGUUCCCAAACAGUGAGAGUACCUUAUUGUUCAAAACUGUUAUUGAUGUUGGUCUUCACUGUGUACUAGUUUGGGAACUUGGUUUGCUUUCGUAACACCCCGCGUUACUACCCAUAAUCCUCGCUGAGCAGGAAAUAAGAGAGAGGAGGAGAAGCAUCUCACAGUCAAACCUUCUUCUGAUGUGUUUGCAUGAGAAUGUGAGACAGCAAAAUGGUGCACUCCGGAUUAAGAAUGUUCAGACGUUUGUUCCAUGCCCCCUCUUUCCUCUCCUCUGUUCUGUCCCUUACUCCUAUUUCCUGAAUGAGUCUGAAAUGGCACCCUAUUCUCUAUAUAGUGCACUACUUUUGACCAAAAGCCUACAGGCCUUGGUCAAAAAUAGUGCACUAUAUAUAGGGAAUAGGGUGCCAUUUCAGACAACUUCUCAGCGUUCUUGUCUGUUUUUCAUUAUUUUCUCUUCCUCCUUUCUUGUUUGCUCCUCUUUCUGGCCUCUUCCUCAAUGUAUUUAUUUGUCACGUUGUAUCCAUUAAGACACUUGAGUGAUAAAAAGAAAUGACAAAAAAAUAAACUUUACAUGGUG